AUGUCCACUGAAACUGCUUUGUCUUACGCUGCUUUGAUCUUGGCCGACGCUGAGAUCGAAAUCUCUUCUGAGAAGUUGUUGGCCUUGACGGAGGCUGCCAACGUUCCAAUCGAAGGCAUCUGGGCUGACAUUUUCGCCAGAGCUUUGGAUGCUCAAGACUUGAAGAGCUUGUUGGUUAACUUCCAAGCUGGUUCCGCUGCUGCUCCAGCUGCUGGUGCUGCUGCUACUGGUGCCGCUGGUGAGGAGGCCGCUGAAGAAGAGAAGGAAGAGGAAGCCAAGGAGGAAUCCGACGACGACAUGGGUUUCGGAUUGUUUGAUUAG